AUGGGACACACGACUACUUUGUACAGAUGGCUGGGCGCCAUGAUGGGGGGCACACUCGGUGUGCUGCUCGCGCCCACGACCUUCCUCGGCGUCCACGGCUGGCGCCUGGCAUUCCACAUCCUCGCGCUUCUCAGUUUCGCGCUCGCCGUCUCGACGUGGUUCCUCGCCUCGGACCCCCGUCCGCCCAGCGCGUCGGAGAAGAGCACCGCAUCGGUGGCCAGGGAACUCCUCGGGGAGGCCAAGGACGUGGUGCGAUUGCCGACGUUCCAGAUCCUGGUGGCGCAGGGGGUAGCCGGGUCGGUGCCGUGGACGGCGCUCACCUUCGCCGCCAUGUGGCUGGAGCUCGUGGGGUUCACGCACUGGGAGACCAGCGUCAUCAUCAACCUCAACCAGCUGACCGGGGCGCUCGGCUCGCUGUUCGCCGGGCUCAUCGGGGACCCCAUGGCCCGGCGGUUCCCGAACGCCGGCAGGGUCGCGCUGGCACAGGUGAGCACGGCGUCGACCGUCCCGGUGGCCGCCGUCCUGCUGCUGGCACUGCCCAUAGACCCCUCGGCCGGGGCCGCGUACGCCGCCGCCUUCGCCGUCCUGGGCUUCGUCAUGCCCUGGUGCCCCCCGGCCACCAACAACCCUAUACUGGCGGAGAUCGUGCCGCAGAAGGCGAGGACGACGGUGUACGCGCUGGACAGGUUCUUCGAGACGAUCUUUUCGUCGUUCGCGCCGGCCGUCGUGGGCAUCCUGGCGGAGCGGGUCUUCGGAUACAAGCCGGCGUCCAGCGCCACCGGUAUGGCUGAACGGGAGAACGCCGCCGCGCUGGCGAAGGCUGUCUUCGCGGAGAUUGCCGUGCCGAUGGCCAUCUGCUGCAGCAUCUACUCCUUGCUCUACUGCACGUACCCAGCGGACAGAGAGCGCGCGCAGAAGGCGGCUCUGGUUGCGCCAGAAGAUCAGGACUGUGAAAAUGCUAAUUCUAGUACUGCUACUGGGGUAGAUGGCUUAAAUCAGGCAUUGCUAGCCAGAAAUGACUAG